AUUCACCUCAUUUGCCGCCUCUCUUUCUCUCACUAUUCCCCCCGCCUCUUCCUUCUUCUGUUUCCUUCUCUCAAAGUAUCUUAACUACUACAUAGCCAGCUGGUGGCAGACCUCGGUCCUAACUGUUCAUAUACGAGCUCUUUCCAGCUGCAGCUGCCUGCGCAAUCAUCGUCGCAGCAUUGCCCUGUUUCGCUCGUGUAAGCGUCGUCAUAUUGAUCUACCCCGCGAGCAACAGCGCAGCCCAGCAAUCCCACCACCACUUUAUCCACCCACGCCCACCGCCCGUCUCCCAACAACACUUGACCUGCACCCGUCUCCAAAAAUAAGUGUGUACCUGUCAUCGCCGAAGAUCCUUUCGAGCCCAAAAAAUUAUACAUUUAUCUAACAACAGAUCUCUGGCCAUGGAUGGUCGCAGACAAGGACGGCCCGAGGAGGAGCUCUUCCUGCGGCCCUCCGACACUCCAGAUACUCCCACGGUUGGUCCUUUGAGAAUCGCAAAAAGGGACUCUGACUCCAAGAGUCCUCCACCGCGCACAGAUUCAGCAGGCAGCUCAAAGGCUCCCUUAUUCUCCCGUCCUCCUCCUAUGCCGUCGUAUCCUGCGCCGCCUACAAGUCCUCCGACUGUGCCCUUGCCCUACCCAGACGACCGACCAGCGCGAAGAUAUACACCCCUCAGCGAGGCUGAACGAGCUUCCAAGAACUCCACACCUCCAGAGACAGAAGGGAGAAGGCGAGGCUCGAGCUCGACGGCUCACACGGCGGGUUCAAGUAGCCCCAGGCCGCGAUUCGAUGCCAACGACCCUAACAGGCCCACGAUAUCUGGGUAUGGCGCGCCAGGAAGGACCGCGGAUGGUUCCAUACAGCCUUCUAGGUUGGCUGAGCGUAGGGGAACGGCUCCGAAACCACUUCCAGACUCUCCAGGGCCAGAGACUCCCGAUAAAGAGGGACUCUUCCAGGUUCCUCCGCAGCGCAAAGGCAGUACUGAUCCCAACCCCUAUCCCGACUAUCACCAACAGUAUUGGCCUCCUCCCAAUGGCGCUGGAGCUUCUAAGCAAGAAGAACCUUCUACGCUGAAUAUUCCCAACCCUCGUGGCGUCAACCGCCUGAGCUCGACCGCUUCAACAUCAACAACGAGAGCGCAGAGAGGCUCGCCACCUCCGCCGGAAACCCCAAUCAUUCCACCUCCAAGCGGAGGGAUUGAAGCUCGAUUUGCAGCCGCAGGUAUCGCUGGAACUUCAACUUUGACAAACUUGCAAGCGCAAACCGCCCAGAAUGCAGCCGCCGCGCAAAGAAACCAGGUUUAUGCCAAUCAGCCACCUCGACAGAACAUGGCUUCUCCCCCUGUCAGUUCGCCACCGCCCCAGCAGCAGCAACAGCAACCUCCGCGCCGGCCAUGGACUCCUACUGAGCAGCCGGGAAGCCAACCUCACGGUCCAACCGCUGUUUAUCAGGGCAUGAAUGAGGUGGGACACGGCGGAAGCCCUCCACAAGCAUCUCAAGCUCAGACGUCAUACAUGCCACCUGGUGUCAACAACCAGUUUUCUCCACCCCCUACCAAUGUCCAAUAUCCUCCACCAGCGGCGAAUGGUCCCCCUACGAACAAUGUUCCCCCUGGAAAUGGUCCUGCUGGGCAUCAAUUGAGCCAGGAUAUGAACCGUAUGAACUUGACGGAGGAGCCACCGCCUGCGUAUUCAAGCAUUCCCCAUCCCAGCGCUGCAGGGGGGGCUACCACUGCACAAGGCUUUCCAAAUGAGAAACGAAACCAGAGUGCCUCAGCACCAGCUCCCCAAGGUGGUGUUAUGAGCGAUCCUAACCUUCAAGGACACCCUGCUUUCGCGAACAACAUCCAGUCCCAGCAACCUCAACAGCCAAAUCAACCCGUCCAGCCUCCACCGCAACAGGCACAACCGCCUCAGCAGCCGAUCGCGCAGCCAGGUCCCUCCAAUAUGGCAGGCGUGAUCUCGCCGACACCCACUGGGAGCUCCUUCAGCAGUCAAGCGCAGCCUACCUCGACUCCAAGCCCCGCACCCGGUCCUGGCCCUGCGUCUCCGCCGCCGCUUCCCGAAGGCUGGAUUGCGCACCUUGAUCCCGGCUCGGGGCAAUAUUACUAUAUCCACUUGCCGACGCAGUCCACACAAUGGGAGUUCCCUAAAGGUCCUACACCUUUGAAUCUCAAUGAGCCAAUGUCUCCCGUGAGCAAUUUCACGAAUCCGCUGGCAUCUCCAGGAUAUGGAAAGACUCCAUUGGCAUCUCCGAGCUUCCCUGCCGCACAGAUGGCCACCUACCCCGGAAGCAUGAUGAGUAUGGAUCCCAUUGCGACACCAACAGCUGCUGGCUUCACGGGGCCACCUCCUGUUGCUGGCGUGGAUCAGUACAAGGUCAAUCCUACAAAUAGCGUCUACUUUGGUCCUUACUUGAGAUAUACGAAUAUGGACCUUGAGCGAGGCCUGUGGCUUGGUUCGAUCCUUCUAGUCACCAACACACCUCACCCUCCAACAAUCCACAUCCACCAGAGCGUCGACUUAUCUCCCAGUCCUCGUCAACUAAAGGCAAACCCAAUCUACUCUCAUCAAAAUUGGAUAUUCUAUCGGUACGAUAUAGAUCUAAAGAUGGAGGAAGACCAUGCAUCUAAGUGGACGUACGCCAUUACUUCGCAUUUGGGCUGUACUCGAUUCGAAUUCCUUGUUGCAGGGCGCCAUGAGACGAGCUGGCGAUUCAUUGCGCACUCUGGCAAUGACUUUGCGCUCAAUGUGAAUGCGGCAGAGAGGGCCAAACUUGGCGGUAUUGGAUAUAUGUGGAAAGACAUACUGCAGAAGAACAACGAGUGUGGCGGGUUUCACGUGCAGCUUGGAAUGGGCGGCCAGAUAUAUGCCGAUCGAUUAUGGAAGGAGAUCCCACUCCUCAAGCAAUGGACUGCCACUAGUGGGAAGGAGAACCGUAAGAAUGCUCCUUGGACGGCGAAGCAUGAGGAGGAAGUCUGCCAUGCGUACUUCCACUACUACACCAGCCACUUUGACCAGCCGCAUCUGCGAGAGGCUUUCGCUCAGAUUCCUCACAUCCUGGCGCUUGACGACCAUGACAUUUUCGAUGGAUUUGGCUCGUAUCCGGAACAUAUGCAGUUCUCCAACAUGUUCAAGAACAUUGGGCGCAUUGGUAUCGAGAUGUACCUUUUGUUCCAACAUCACACGACAGUUGAGAUUCUCCGAAACGUCAGCAAUGAUGUGGACCUGUUUACCAUCACUGGAACGGGUUGGCAUUUCAUCAAAUAUCUCGGUCCUUGCGUUACAGUAGUUGCACCUGAUUGUCGCUCGGAACGAAACCCUCACCAGGUGAUGGCCGGUCCAACUUAUCAAGGUCUUUUCCCCAAGAUUGUUACGUUGCCACCUAGCGUCCAGCACUGCAUCUGGAUGAUCCCGGUUCCCAUCAUCUACCCUCGCUUGGAGUCGGUCGAGCAUCUUGCUAACUCGAUGGCUACCGGAAAGAAGGCCGUCACGGGUACUUUCAAUAUGCUGGGCAAGGUCACAAGUUCCGUUGCCGGUGUCGUGGGAGCCAAAUCGGUGGUUGGCGAAGGUUUCAAUUCCGUGAAGAAAGCCGUUGGCAAAUCUGGCUUGAUGAGCGGUGUUCUCAGUCCAUUCGGUGAGAUUGAUCUGCUCGAUGAGCUGAGAGAUCUGUGGACGCACGAUUCGAAGGACCUCGAGCGCACAUACCUGAUUAGAACGCUACAAGGCAUCUCUCACAACAAGUCGUUGCGCAUGACGUUCUUCUCGGGUGCCGUCGAUUGCUGUGGAGCAGGUCUUGUCCAUGACCCUGCCAAACCUCAGGACCACAAGACCAUGUACCAAAUCAUUUCAGCAUCAGUGGUGAAUGGUCCGCCGAGCAACUAUGUGUUGCGUCUGCUUCACAACAACCGAGCUCUUUAUGUCCCCCAGAAUGGACAUAAGAGUACGCAUCUACCAUCAGACACCAAGGAAGACAUGAUGGAGAUCUUCACUCAAGAUGUCAACGGCGCGGCCCGGGAGUACAAGCGAUUGAUGGGUCGCAGGAACUACAUUGCCUGUGUGGUCUACGAUCCGGAGAUUGUCAAUGGCACUUUCGGCCAGGCCGUGCCGGGACAUGGAAGUGGCAAGUUGAGUCUUGCGGUAGAUUUCAUGGUGCAGAACGAGGGAGCUUUCAGUGCACCCAUGAAGUAUGGCCCUGUCAUUGUACCGAGCUUGGAUUACGGCCGGUGAUUGAGCAGGCUUUGGCCUUGUUGUGCUUUGAUGUAAUUCAUGCUGGGGGGUGUUUUAUGAUCGUUUGUCUGUCGUGCAUAGCAAGCGGAAUGAAUAUUUGAUUUGAUUUGCGUUUAUAUGUGGAGCGAUACAAUACCGAUUGAUGGAUUUUGUUGUUGACGAACUGGUAUCGCCAUGAUAGAUGACCAUAGUAUUUACUUCCAUACCCUUGAAAUUAUCAUUGUUUCCCU